AUGGUGCAAACACCCUGGCAGGUGAAUGAACCUUCGGAGGAAGGGCCGCGAUUGAUCCAACGGAGGGCUCCCGUGCGCAGUACGGCAGAGAACGAGGUCUAUGUGGCGCGAAACCAGAGCCUUGCAGUUCUUUUCAAGCGCAUAAGGCGACUCUUCGACCGUGAAGGCCACCGAGAGGUGGUGAUUCACGGCAUGGGCGCGAGCAUCACCAAAGCCAUCUAUGUGGCACAGGACAUCUUGAUGCAUUAUGGUGAGCGCUUAAGCUUGGAGACGCAUCAUGGAACUGUAGACGUCGUGGAUGACGUGAUGGGGGAGUAUGAGUCCACAGUCGAACAGAGACGGGUGUCUUCACUGACACUUCAUCUCCGCCUUACGGAAUCAGAGGCCGGGGUUGCAGGUGUUGCUUCCCGAACACGGACUCCUUCCUUGAUGAAUCUGAUAUUCAAGCCGGACUGA